UGCGGCAGGAGCCCCGCGGUUCCUUCUGGUGGUGCGGGUGUAGAAAUGGGAGUCUCGCUGCUGCUCCUGCACCCCGCCACACGUUAGGUCUGCGAGGAGCCCCGCCGCCAUGGACCCCACGGAGCCCGAGCUCCCGGGCGACGCCCAGGCCCUGCGGCCGCCUCCGAUCGUGCCCUCGGAGGCUGACACGCAGGGUCACAGCGCGGGUGGCGACUCAGGCACCAUGAGCCGCGACACCGAGGUGGACAUGAAGGAGGUGGAGCUGAGCGAGCUGGAGCCCGAGAAGCAGCCGAUGGCGGCGGCUGCCGAGAAGAACGGGCUGGUGAAGGCCAAGGCGCUGGCGGGCGGCCCGGAGCCGGAGGCGGCCGCCAAGUUCACGGGGCUGAGCAAGGAGGAGCUGCUGGCCGCGGCGGGUGGCCGCGGCUGGGCGCGCGCGCGCGCAGCGCUGCUGGUGCUCUUCUGGCUGGGCUGGCUCGGCAUGCUGGCCGGCGCCGUGGCCAUCAUCGUGCGAGCGCCGCGCUGCCGCCCGCUGCCCGAGCAGCCCUGGUGGCACCGCGGCCCGCUCUACUACGUGGGUGACGCGCACGCCUUCCAGGGCGGCGCGGGCCACCUGGCGGAUCUGCGGGAGCGCCUGGAUUACUUGAGCGCCCUGAAGGUGAAGGGCCUAGUGCUUGGCCCCAUUCACAAGAACCGGAAGGAUGAUUUGGCGGGGACCGACCUGCAGCUGAUCGACUCCACUCUCGGUUCUCGGGAAGACUUUGACAGCCUCCUCCUGGCGGCCAAGAAAAAGAGCAUUCAUGUCGUCCUGGACCUCACCCCCAACUACCAGGGCCAGAACUCCUGGUUUCUCCCCACGCAGGUGAAUGACACGGCCGCCAAGGUGAAGGAAGCUCUGAGCUUUUGGCUGGAGGGUGGAGUGGAUGGGUUCCAGGUACGGGACGUGGAGAAACUGAAGGAUGCACCCUCCUUCCUGGCUGAGUGGGAGAACAUCACCAAGAGCUCCAGCAAAGACAGGCUCUUCAUUGCAGGCACCAACUCCUCCAACAUGCAGCAGCUCCUGAGCCUUCUUGAGUCCACGCAGGAUGUGCUGCUGACCAGCUCCUACCUGUCGAGUCCCAGUCCCACGGGGGAACACAUGAAAUUCCUGGUCAACCAGUAUCUAAACAUCAGUGCUGGCCGCUGGUGCAGCUGGAGCGUGUCGCAGGCUGGGCUCCUGACAUCCUUCGUGCCCUCUCAGCUCCUCCGGCUCUACCAGCUGCUACUCUUCACCCUGCCGGGCACCCCUGUGUUCAGCUAUGGAGAUGAGCUUGGCCUUCAGGCUGCCAGUCUUCCUGGACAGCCUGCCCAAGCCCCCGUCAUGCCGUGGGACACAUCCAGCCUUCCCGACGCCUCUGGGUCCGUGGGCGCCAACAUGACAGUGAAGAGCCAGAGUGAGGACCCGGCCUCCCUCCUUUCUCUGUUCCGGAGACUCAGCGACCAGCGGGGCAAGGAGCGCUCUCUGCUGCACGGUGACUUCCAUGCACUCUCCGCCCCACCCGGCCUCUUCUCCUAUGUGCGCCACUGGGACCAGAACGAGCGAUUCCUGGUGGUGCUCAACUUUGGGGACCUGAGGCAGUCGGCCACGCUCGGGGCCUCAGGCCUGCCAGCCACUGCCAGCCUGCCGCCCCAGGCCAACCUGCUGCUCAGUACCCAUCCGGGCCGCAAGGAGGGUGCCAGCCUGGAGCUGGGAGCCCUGAGCCUGGAGGCCCACGAGGGGCUGCUGCUGCACUUUCCCUAUGAGCCCUGACCCCACCUGCCCCGCCCCAGCCUGGGCCUUUGAGAUCCUGUUUCUCUCCCUUUUUCAAUAUUUGCAGACUACAGAUGAAACCCCUUCAAAUAAAAAGUCACCCUACCUGG